AUGGCACUCCACGGUCGAGCACUGUCUCUUGCCCAGUUGAUUCUGGUAGUGUGCCCUGCCUUUUUUCUCUUCGGUUACAAUCAAGCAGGCGUCGGUGGCCUCGUCUCUGUGGAAAGCUGGACCAAAACGUUUUCUGAAAUCGAUACCAUCCACACGGUAGGAGCCGUGAAAAGCCACAAUCUAACAGUCCAAGGGGUUGUUAUUUCGACAUUUACCCUAGGUGCUUUGAUCGGAGCUCUUUCAUGCUCAUUCAUUGGUGAUAUACUGGGGAGACGAAGAGUUAUUUUUGCAGGCUCACUAGCAACAUUGGUCGGGGAGGUCCUAUGCUGUUCCUCCUUUGGGCUCGCUCAGUUGAUUGUGGGAAGGCUUAUAAUUGGAGUUGGCAUUGGAAUGCUUAGUGGGACUGUGCCUGUUUGGCAGUCUGAAUGUUCAUCGGCACAGAGUAGGGGAAAGCAUGUUGUUCUGGAUGGCGUCUUUAUCAGUGCAGGGUACGCAAUAACGUCGUGGGUUAACCUAGGAUUCUAUCAAAUCAAGUCCGGUUCGGUUGCUUGGAGAGUGCCCCUGGCAAUUCCGGGGUUGGUUUCGCUUAUUCCUAUGUUUUCAAUCUUCUUUCUUCCAGAGUCUCCUCGAUGGCUUGUUCAAAAGGGCCGCCUCGAGCAGGCUCGUGCAACACUCGUCAGUCUGAGUGGUGCAUCAGCCGCGUCAGAAGAUGUGAGCGGAGACAUUGCGGCAAUCCAGUUGACACUAGAGAAUUACUCGCGUGGUCUUUCAAUUAUGGAUAUUUGGCGCCCAAAUAAUGAAAAGCUGCUCUAUCGCUUCUCUCUGUGCAUUCUACUCCAGUUCUACCAGCAAAUGUCGGGAGGAAACCUUAUUUCAGUCUACGCUCCGAUUAUAUUCGAAGAGAAUCUUCAGAUGAGCAGCAUGAUGUCGAGAAUACUCGCUGCUGCAACGCUCUCAUGGAAGUUCCUCUCAUGUUUCGUGGCUUUUUACUGCAUCGAUCGGUACGGCCGCCGCAUGGUGUUUAUCGUCAGCGGAACAGGAAUGUCGCUUUGCAUGCUGGCCUUGGCCAUCACCACGAGCUUUCCACAUGCAAAUAAGCCUGCCUCCAUUAUGUCAGCGCUCUUUAUUUUCCUAUUCAACUUUUUUAUCCCGAUCGGGUUCUUGGGUGCAAAUUUCCUGUACUGUACCGAAGUGGCGCCGCUUCGGCUAAGGGUUGCCAUGGCCUCGAUCUCGACCGCAAAUCAUUGGCUUUGGAAUUUCGUCGUCACAAUGAUUACUCCUGUUGCAAUAAAUGACAUCGGAUAUCAGUAUUAUAUCGUUUAUGCUGUGAUGGGUGCAUGCAUUCCUAUUUCGGUGUAUUUUCUGUAUCCGGAAACUAUGGGGUGGAAGCUUGAAGAUUUAGACAUGCUGUUCAAACGAGGCUUGAGCAUCCGAGGAACUGUCAGGUCAUCUUUUCGGUCUCCUGAUUGCGAUGCAGAAGGUCGGAUUUCACAUGAGAAAGGUGAGAUCGCGAAGGUUGAACAUCACGAGGGCGUUUGA